AUGACCGCUUCCUACGCUGAGCCCCACAUCAUUCCCUCUGUGCAGAGUAAACCACACGCUCCCCAGUUCUGCUCCGGAGUGGCCGGCAGUUUCGGUCACCUGGAGCCUUAUGGAAAAGCAGAAUUUUUGCUGCUCGCUUGCGCUGGGAUCGCCGAACAUCGCCUCGGUUGUGACCCCGGCACCCGCUUCAACGCCCCGGCGCCGGGCAAGAGCUGGGUGGCCCUCAUCCCGCGGGGCAACUGCACCUACAAGGACAAGAUCCGCCACGCCGCCGCCCAGAACGCCUCCGCCGUGGUCAUCUAUAACGUGGGCUCCAGCAACGCCAACGAGACCAUCACCAUGCCCCACGCAGGCCUAGAAGAUGUUGUAGCAAUAAUGAUCCCUGAACCCAAAGGAAAAGAGAUAGUGAGCCUCCUGGAGAGGAACAUUACUGUGAUGAUGUACAUAACCAUCGGGACACGCAACUUGCAGAAGUAUGUCAGCCGGACCUCUGUGGUGUUCGUCUCCAUCUCCUUCAUUGUGUUGAUGAUCAUCUCACUGGCGUGGCUGGUCUUCUAUUACAUCCAGCGAUUCCGCUACGCAAAUGCCAGAGACAGAAAUCAGCGCCGGCUUGGAGAUGCUGCAAAGAAAGCAAUCAGCAAGCUGCAAGUCAGAACAAUCAGGAAAGGGGAUAAGGAAACCGAGCCAGACUUUGAUAACUGUGCUGUUUGUAUUGAAGGCUACAAGCCCAACGAUGUUGUCAGAAUUUUGCCUUGCAGGCACCUCUUCCACAAGUCCUGUGUAGACCCCUGGCUGUUAGACCAUCGUACCUGCCCAAUGUGUAAAAUGAAUAUUCUCAAAGCUCUGGGGAUCCCGCCAAAUGCAGAUUGCAUGGAUGAUAUACCUCCAGACUUGGAAGCGUCCAUAGGAGGACCGCCAACCAACCAGAUAACGGGAGCCAGCGAUAUAACAGUGAACGAGAGCUCUGUAGCCCUGGAUCCCCCGGUGCGGACUGUGGGAGUACUACAGGUCAUCCAAGAUGUAGAUUCCUUUCCCCAGGUUGGGGAAGGUAACUUCACAACAAGCAAUGAACAGGAGCCAGCAGUCAGCAGCGAUUCAGAUAUUUCAUUGAUUAUGGCAAUGGAGGUUGGACUGUCCGAUGUGGAGCUUUCCACUGAUCAAGACUGCGAAGAGGUGAAGUCUUGAAAAACAAACAGAGAUCCAACACUAAACUACAGGGGAGGGUCACAGGGAGGGACCGAGUCAGCUUUCUAGGAUUUGGACCAGUCAUGCACAUGCCUCCAGAGCACUGUCACUCCUGCACACUCCAUUCUGAGAUGGUCACGAAAAGCAAUAGCAACAGUUGUGUCUGCCUGGACGCGGUUUCAUCAUCUACAUACGUUCGUUUUGUUCACAUGGGAGGUGAAUGCUUCCAGUUUACCCACGUGCUUGAGAGCAGUCAUGUAACUCCUCGGUGGCUCAUAAAUACGCAACUGAAAUGACA